AUGAGCAAUGUGAUAACACUCCAAAUUGGCCAAUGUGGUAAUCAAGUUGGGCUUUCGUUUUUUCAGAAUUUAUCAUCCCAACUCAUACAAAAUAGAUUGAAUAGAGUUGUUGCUGGGGACAAGUUUGUAGUGAAUGAGGAACGUUAUUUACCUUUCGGAGACUCUGCUAUGGAUUGUUUCUUUAGACCCAAUACAAAAAAUCCUUCCGAUCCAAUGAUUGCAAGAGCCUUAUUGAUUGAUAUGGAACCGAAAGUAAUACACAAUACAUUGAAUACAGCAAAUCGGAAGCAUGAAAAUCAAUUAUUUGAAUAUGAUACAAAUAAUGUUUAUCAUCAACAAUCAGGAAGUGCUAAUAAUUGGGCAUAUGGAUUUAAUGUACAUGGACCUAAUUGUGGAGAUUCAAUUUUGGAAAAAGUGAGAAAGGAAGCAGAGUUGUGUGAUUGUUUAUCAGGAUUUGUUCUUCUGCAAAGUAUGGCUGGUGGAACUGGUUCUGGAAUGGGUUGUCAUAUUUCUCAAACUUUGAGAGAUGAAUUUCCUCAUUCAUUACUCAUGAACCAAGUUGUUUGGCCUCACGAGGCAGGAGAAGUCAUUGUACAGAAUUAUAAUACUCUGCUCACACUACAGAAAUUAUAUGAAAUUUCUGAUAGUAUUUACUGUUUCAAAAAUGACCAAUUGUUUUUAACUUGUAAAAGAUUGAUGGGAAUAGAAAGUCCUUCAUUCAAUGACAUGAAUACUGUCAUUGCUGACCAUAUGAGUUGCUUAGCUUUACCUAGCUCUCCAAUUACUUGUGCUGAUAAUGCAUGCCAACUAUUGUAUGAUCCAAUCCAACACCUUUGCUCGCAUCCAGCUUACAAGAUUAUAAAUUCGAGAAUAAUACCACACAUGUCAGCAAAAAGCAAAGAUUAUAGUGUUUUUAGAUGGGAAGGAUUAAUGAAGCAUUUACAUCAAAUGCUUAUUGCGGAUGCUCCUAUUGAGGAAUGUAUUAAUUGGAAAGUGAAUUUAUCUGAUAGAAGAUGGGACUCAAUGAUCAACAAAUCAAUAACCAAUUUAAUGAUUUUGAGAGGAAAAGAAGUUGGAGGAAUCCAAGCAGAACUUGUCAAUCCAUUUUUCAACAGUAAAAUUUACUCAUCCUACAUCAAUCCAAGGGAAGCUAUGAAAAUUAAUAUUAAUGAGAAUCCAGCAGGAUUUAAUGGAUUUGAGAAAACUGCAUUCUUAAUGAGUAAUUGUCAGUCAAUUGUGCCUCAAUUAGAUAAGGUAAUUUCCAAAGCAUUCCAAAUGUUUAAUGCAAAGGCGUACACUCACCACUACGAGAAACACCAUGUUGGAAAGGUAGAAAUGGAAGAGAUGUUUAUGAGAACAGAGCAAAUAUUGUACGAUUAUCAACAUAUGUAA